AUGGAAGAUAAUGAAUUACAAGCUAUAAGAGAAGCUAGAUUAAAAGAGUUACAAAACCAACAACAAACUCCUCAAAAUGAUAUGAAAAUAACUAUGUUGAAUCAAGCAUUAGAUAUUAGUGCUAGAGAAAGAUUAAGUAGAGUCAGAAUCGUUAGACCUGAUAGAGCUGAGGCAGUUGAAAACUAUAUCAUCAAAUUGAUUUCCAUGGGAUCUAUUUCCAAGAAGUUAAGUGAGAAUGAUAUUGUAGAGAUCUUGAAUAGUUUAUCCAGAGACGAAAAGAAGAACGAGUCCAAGAUUGUUUUCAAUAGAAGAGAAUUAAGUGAUGAUGAAGAUGAUUUCUUCGAUUAA